GGUAACACGUCAUCAGCCGUCGACCAAACACAAGUGGAGGCGCGAGACACGUAACGUUUGAAAGUCUUCUAAAAAAAAGUCGUCUUUAUGGACAGUUAUGGUGAAAUGCUGACAUGAAGUAUGCCUGAGCCCAGCGGUAGAAAGGGCUCUGCGUGUUGCUGCCACCAUGACACAGUCCAUUGUUGUCCAGGUGGGCCAGUGUGGCAACCAGGUCGGCUGCAGGUUCUGGGAUCUUGCUUUGCGAGAACACGCCCAUGUCAAUAAAAAUGGAUUGUAUGAUGAGGCACUCGGUAGCUUUUUCCGAAACGUGGACUCAAGUGAAAGUGGUGGGGGAGCCUGUGGGAUUGGUGGGCGAAUCCAGCGUCUGAAGGCCAGGGCAGUGCUGGUGGACAUGGAAGAGGGUGUGGUCAACGAGAUCCUGCAGGGCCCAUUGAGAGAAGUGUUCGACAGCACUCAGCUCCUCACAGACGUGUCAGGUUCAGGCAAUAACUGGGCAGUCGGACACAUGACUUAUGGCUCAGCCUACAGGGAGCAGAUCGUGGACAAGCUGAGGAAGGCAGCAGAACACUGCGACUGUCUGCAGUGCUUUUUUCUCAUUCACUCUAUGGGAGGAGGUACGGGUUCCGGUCUGGGGACCAGGGUGCUGGGCCUGCUAGAGGAGGAGUUCCCCGAGGUGUGCCGCAUCGUCUCCUCCAUCUAUCCGUCUGCGGAGGACGACGUCGUCACCUCCCCCUACAACAGUGUCCUGGCCAUGAGGGAGCUCACGGAGCACGCCGACUGUGUCCUGCCUGUCGAAAACCAAUCGCUGGUUGACAUUGUGAACAAGAUCAGGCAGAUGUCUCACGGUGGGAAGCCAGGGUCGGCGAUCAAGAGGGACAGCGCCGUCAUCUCCGGGCAGGGCGGGCUCAGCGGGGCGGAGAAGCCCUUCGAUGCCAUGAAUAAUAUCGUGGCUAACCUGCUGCUCAAUAUUACCAGUUCAGCUCGUUUCGACGGCUCCCUCAACAUGGACCUGAACGAGAUCGCCAUGAACCUGGUCCCCUUCCCUCGUCUGCACUACCUGGUGCCCAGCCUGACCCCUCUCUACACACUGGCUGAUGUCAGUGUCCCCACCAGAAGACUGGAUCAGAUGUUCAGCGACGCCUUCAGUAAAGACCACCAGCUGAUCCGAGCCGACCCGAAGCGCUGCCUCUACCUGGCCUGCGCCCUCAUGGUCAGGGGCAACGUGCAGGUGUCUGACCUCCGCAGGAACAUCGAGAGACUGAAGCCCUCACUGCCCUUUGUCUCGUGGAACCAGGAGGGCUGGAAGACGGGCCUGUGUUCGGUGCCUCCUGUCGGCCACUCCCACUCCCUGCUGGCCCUGGCCAACAACACCUGUGUGAAGCCCACGUUCAUGGAGCUGAGGGAACGUUUCACCAAGCUCUACAGGAAGAAGGCUCACCUACACCACUACCUGCACGUAGAAGGGAUGGAGCAGAGCUUCUUCUCAGAGGCCUUGGGCUCUCUCAGCUCGCUGAUUGAAGAGUACCACCAGCUGGAUGCCACCAAGGGGAGACUCGUGCCCGACGCACCCAGACUCGGCAUCGCCACAUGAAGGUCCGCUCGGUUGUAAAUCUUAGGAACUUCUUCUUCUUCUAAGGCAAAGAUGAUGUUUUUAUAAGGACUUCACACAACCAAAUCUUUUGUAUAUACCUUUUUAUAAGUUAUGUAUCAAUAUUGUCUGAUUUAUAACCAAAUUAAAAUGUUCUCUGUCAGUGGGAGUGGGGGGGGGAAGCAGGAACAACAACAACAACUCAAUCUGUACUGUGACAUGAUUUGCCAUUUCUUGGUUCCCUGGCCGUGGUAUCACGAGGUUCUGUUAAGGCGUCAACAUCUGCUGUUACAGCGACCAUAGUCCUCGUUGUUAUUGCAUAUAGAUGUCCUGAAGAUAGGGUUCAUAAAAGCUUUUAUCAUAACUAGAAAUCUUCCUUUAUUCAAUGAGCCACUCGUCCUUAUGAAAAGAGGUUUUGUAGUUUUCAGUCUUCUCUGUGAGACUUCUGGAGGCACGUCGCCGCUGCUGAGGCGAACGUAAUGAGCAGAGUAUGCAUGCGUGUCUGCCGUUAGUCGGCCACAGCAGGGGUCACGGCCCGCGUCCUGGUUGGAUCCGUUAGAGUAACCGCAGGUCAGAGAACAUGUCGCCUGGGUCGUUGCACUUCCUCUGGCACACGCAGGACGAGAUCCACUGCAUCUUCCACUGUGUGUUAGAGCCCGCCUUGCAAGUGAAGUUGACCUUGAUCAUGCUCGACUUGUUGGGGACACAGCAGCGCUUGUCCGUACAGACACCGCAGUACGUGGGCUUGAACUUCUUGGUGCUGGUGCAGCCCGAGAGUGUCAGCUUCUCCGCUUUCUUUGCUUGGAAUUUAGGCCGGCAUGUCUUUCCCUUUGGCACCUGAGUAAGAGAGGCAGGUUGGGGGAGACAAUUAUUUUUGUAUUAGUAUAUGUGUUGGAUUUUCUAUCUUUUAAUUUAGUAACUUUAAUAAAAUUUGACAAAGUUGUCACCUUGACGCUCCUCAUCACGCUCUUCUCACACGGCCGCAGCAGACACAGGCGUCGGUCCUUCCUCAUCUCGCACUUGCCGUUGUCGUUGUUGACGCGCACAGAGAUGCCCAGGCCGCAGGUUUUGGAGCAGGGGCUCCAGGGGGUGGUCUGGAUCAGACAGUUCUUCUUCCAGGCUAAAGGAGGAUCCCUGUAAGCUUUCAGUAUUACAGUUAAAGGGCACUGUGUCAACAACACCCCAGCGCAAAGAACUAGUCUGUGUGCCACCGUUCUGCUGAGCAGUGAUUAGGCCCCAAAUACCUCACCCGCCAAUUGCAUAUCCCUUUUUAAAGCUGUACAAUUUAAGGAGUAGAAUAUAAAAGGGUAUUUAGCAGAGCUGAAAUUAUAUUUCAGUUUCCUUCCACAGUGAGAAAUUGUAUUUGUUUCCACAAUAGAUCAUGAUAUAGAUAUGUUUCUGCAAGAGUUUCAUGCAAAGCAAAGCAACUGCACUGGUACAUAAAAGCGGAAUGUACGGGGCUUUUAAUACAAAACGUUAAGUCUUCCCUCCUGCUGCUCAUAACUUGAACCAUCCAUCUUUCUGUUUCUCGGAGUGAGGCGCUCACUCUUCACACCGCCAGGGUAAUGAAAUGCCCACUCCCCUUUUCCCUCUUCCCAACCAGCAAACUCGGACAUGCAAUGAGCAUUCCAGGCCAGACUCACUGGUUUACUCCAUAAACACACACCUGACAUGUAGGUUGUGUCCUGCUGGUGCUUCUUUACGCUCUGGCCACUGCGAAGGCCGGCUGGCAUGUUGCCCAUCAGCGGGGCCGGGCCCAAGAGAGCAGCAGGCUUCUGGAUGAAAGCGGGGGUGCAGCCGAUGGCUCCAGCAAUGCAUGUGCACUUAUAGAGGGGGCUGGGCUGGAAACCCUCUCCGUUCUCAUAGUGGGCCCCAUUCAGGUCGCAACCCACUGCCAUCAGGUCUGAAGGAAUGAGGGGAAGAUGUCAAUCUCUCACUCUUGAUGAUGUUACUGUGAAUCUUAAACGUUGUGUAACUUCAUUUCGGGUCUUUUUGCGACGAUCCAUGACUUAAUCACACAAUUAUGUUGACAAACUGAAUGUUCACAUUUAUGGCAUUAAUUUAUAUACAAACAUGUACUAAUUCAUACAAUGAAAGUAAAUAAAGGUUUUGCAAUGUGUAUACAUUAAUUUAUACAUUGACAAAGUUGGGCAUUUUAACAUUGGAGUCUAUGGGGAUUGCGUCGCUUUUGCUUCUAGAGGUCUGAAACUUUAAGAAGGCUACAGCUGUUGUUUCAAUAUAUCAGAUGCGCAUUUCAAGUAUCUGUUGCCUAGAUGUACAUUAUAUCAAAUAAAAAAAAUAACUUGCAUAACUUUGACUAGCUUGGGAAAAGAUGAGAGCAACUCACAUGCGCACACUCCGACCUCGUAUCUCGGCCGGUCAGCCGAGAAGUCGCAGUACAUGCUCUUGUGCGGGUCGCAGACGUCCUUCUCGUUGCACGGCUCUCGGAUCUGCCUUGCGCAGCUCUUGCAGCAGCCGCACCCGUCCAGGACGGAGCUCACCCCCGGGGCGCAAUUGGGUCUUUGCCGACACUUGCAGGGCCACUGGCAGAAUUGCCGCCUCUCGACCGCAGCCCGCCCAUCUCGAGGAGCCAGCUGCCCAUUGUUCUGAGCCCAGCUGAAGCACUGUGGGAGAAAGAGGGUAGAGAUCUGUUAAUAAUUUCUUUCUUCUUUUUAUUUUACUGGAGCCUGGUUUGAUGAUUUGCAAAACACCAAUGGGAGCUGAAGCAUCCUGCGGCUUUGGAAAUCGUAUCAAACGUGCUAAAAGUGACAUUCCAAACUCUUCACCUCCUGUUUGUGACUCGUUCGGAACACUUCUGCUCAGCACACCCACGCACCUCGGUGCCAUCUUUUUUUAUGUUCGCCUUGCAGAGCGGGGCGCUCGGUAUGCAGCAAGAACAGCGUUGCAUUCAUCAAUGCACUCAUUGAACAUUGAACGUCAGUCAAUCUGCCUUUCUGUUUGUCUGUUCAACACUUUGGACAAGAGUAAGACAUUUUGCUCUCUGUUGGAUAUUCAUAGUUACAGUUACACAUCACAUGUAUGUACAAGGUUAUUGUAUCAAGUCUGCAUACAUAAUAAUUUAAGCUGACAUUGUUCCGUCCUUUUUCUAUCAUUCCUCUGACUAAAAUCAAGCCUAUUGCUUGUAUACCAAGAAAGAACUGCCAAAAAACUAAAAGGCCGAAAGGUGGAUGGAUAAAUCUACAUGAUGUGUCAAAGUUGCACCUGGAAACUUGUCU